CAGGGCAGCUGCUCCUCCCAUGGCUAGUGCUGCAUCCAGCCUGUGGCCUUGUGUCCAGAGGCCUCUGAAAGCAGAAAAGAUUAAAGAGGACAGUGUGGGAAGCACCUCGGCCGCAGCAGCAGAGCUGGGGAGGAAAAGGAGAGGGAAGAAGUACUGGAGGCGCAAGUGGAAGAAGUGGCAGCAGUACCGUGAGAAGCGUCGCAAGCUGGAGGAAUGGCUGACCUUUGAGAAUAUGGUAUCAAGUUUUCGUGUUUCUGAGCUCCAAGUGUUGCUGGGCUUUGCUGGCCGUAAUAAAAGUGGGCGGAAGCAUGACCUCCUGAUGAGGGCACUGCACUUACUGAAGAGCGGCUGCAGCCCGGCUGUUCAGAUAAAAAUCCGGGAACUCUAUAGGCGGCGGUACCCAAGGACAAUCGAAGGACUCUCGGACUUAUCGGCGAUAAAACCUGCAGUUUUCAAUUUGGACAGUAGCUCCUCUCCCGUAGAGCCGGACUUGGCCGUUGCAGGAAUUCACCCGCUGCCAUCCACGUCGGUCACCCCGCAGUCUCCCUCAUCGCCUGUCAGUUCGGUGCUUCUCCAGGACACUAAGCCGCACUUUGAGAUGCAGCAGCCGUCCCCUCCCAUUCCUCCUGUUCAUCCCGAUGUCCAACUGAAAAGCCUGCCUUUUUAUGAUGUGCUUGAUGUGCUCAUCAAACCUACAAGUCUAGUACAGAGCAGUAUUCAGAGGUUCCAAGAGAARUUUUUUAUCUUUGCUUUAACACCUCAGCAGGUCAGAGAAAUCUGUAUUUCCAGGGACUUCUUACCAGGAGGCAGGAGAGAUUACACAGUCCAAGUUCAACUGAGGUUAUGCCUAGCAGAGACAAGCUGCCCUCAAGAAGAUAAUUACCCUAAUAGUUUGUGUAUUAAAGUAAAUGGGAAGCUGUUUCCAUUGCCGGGAUAUGCUCCGCCACCGAAAAAUGGGAUUGAACAGAAACGACCUGGGCGCCCCUUGAACAUAACAUCCCUGGUGAGGCUGUCGUCUGCGGUGCCAAACCAGAUUUCCAUUUCCUGGGCUUCUGAAAUUGGAAAGAAUUACUCCAUGUCUGUGUAUCUCGUUCGUCAGCUUACUUCAGCUAUGCUUUUGCAGAGGUUAAAAAUGAAAGGUAUCAGAAACCCUGACCAUUCCAGAGCCCUAAUUAAAGAAAAACUAACUGCUGAUCCUGAUAGUGAGAUUGCCACCACCAGCCUGCGGGUAUCUCUGAUGUGUCCUCUGGGGAAAAUGAGGCUGACAAUCCCAUGCCGGGCUGUUACUUGCACACACYUGCAGUGUUUUGAUGCUGCUCUUUAUCUUCAAAUGAAUGAAAAGAAGCCUACCUGGAUUUGUCCRGUCUGUGACAAAAAGGCAGCUUAUGAGAGCCUAAUACUAGAUGGGCUUUUUAUGGAAAUCUUAAAUGACUGUUCAGAUGUGGAUGAGAUUAAAUUCCAAGAAGAUGGUUCCUGGUGUCCUAUGAGGCCCAAAAAAGAAGCUGUGAAAGUCUCCAGUCCACAGUGCACCAAAAUAGAAAGCUCCAGUGUUGUUAGCAAACCGUGUGCUGUGACAGUGGCCAAUGAAGUAAACAAGAAGAAAGUUGAUGUUAUUGACUUGACAAUAGAAAGCUCUUCUGAUGAAGAGGAAGAUCCUCCUGCCAAAAGGAAGUGCAUAUUUAUGUCUGAAACACAAGGAAGCCCAACCAAAGGGGUUCUCAUGUAUCAGCCAUCUACUGUAAGAGUGCCCAGCGUGACAACGGUUGAUGCUGCUGCUAUUCCUCCUUCAUUAACAGACUACCCAGUACCAUUCCAUCAUCCACCAAUAUCCAGUAUUUCAUCGGACUUGCCAGGUCUGGAUUUUCUUUCGCUAAUCCCAGUUGAUUCACAGUACUGUCCUCCUAUGUUUUUGGAUAGUCUCACCUCAACCUUAACAAGCAGCACGCCUGGCAGCAUCAUCACCUCCACCAGUCACCACGAGAGCAGCACUCACGUUAGCUCCUCGAGCAGGGGCGAGACCGGAGUCAUCACGAGCAGCAGCGGCAGCGCUCCCGACAUCAUCUCCCUGGACUGAAACACGGGGCAGGCGACACCGGCAGGAAGGGCCAGGGCUGCCUGCGUCUCUGGAACUGCAGUGGCUGGGAAGUCAUUCUGAUAUUUAUUGCAAAGCUUUUGCCUUUUGGAAAAUGGAGUAAACUCAUCUACACUAAGAAGUGAUUUAGAUUUUUUUUUUUUAAUUUGCUCGUUAACUAGCUGGUAGAAAAAAGGCCCCUUCAGAACCUGCUUUUACCCUUUGGGCUUGUUCUGGGGAAACUGACUUUCUGUUGCUGGAUGCAGUCCAAAAAUUGUUUUUAAUUUCAUUGUCAAAACAGCAAUAA